UUUCUUUCGCUUUGGCUUUGGCUUCUACUUUGCUUGACUCUGGCACAGCUUUGGCACGCUCCCGUGUCUUUUUCUGUUGGUGUGUAACGUGGUCGCAGUACAUGGUCGCUGCGUGGCGUCUAAUUGCUCUGCUCUUGUUUAUCUUGAAUCAACAGAGCAUUGCAUUUGUUACUGCGUAGUCGCAUGCUUGUCGCCAUUCUUUUGUCGCGCGUUCGCCGCUACGGACCGUCAGCUGCACACCUCGGUAUAUUGCAGUAUCGUACUUUCCUCCGUUUUUCAUUGGUCACUGGAUUUGCAUAAUGGUGGAAAAGCCCUAGGAAAAGCCGAGGCAUUGCCCCCUGCGCGGGGGAGCGCCCGAUAUAUUAGCGCAGUGAUAUCACUGAUAAAGGCAGCUGUGACUUUUGGGCGAAGCUCGGAUCGAGACAUCCGAGCUUGUCGGCGGAACCCGAGGGCUGUCCUCUGCGUCCUCUACGUCAGCAGGUCCCUCUUGUAAGCAACGCAAUCUGUCACACUCAAGUGCCCAGAAUAGCAGAAAAGUAUUUCUUUCAAACGACGGCAGAUUGGCAUCGAUCAUCCUGACUGUACCCCUGCGCUCUUGCACUACAAACUAGUCACUGUUGGAUGAACUUGUAUAAUGAAUCACAUACUAUGACUUGAGGGCCACAACAACAUCUAUCGAUGGCGUCCAGCAGUAGACCGUCUAUGAGCACUGCCAACGAGGCUUCUCCAAAAAGAGGACACAUGCGGACAGAAUGCUUGCAUUUAUCGGCCCGUAAAGCGAGGGCCUUCGCUGCUGUCGUUCGCUCAGCGCCUGGGGUGCUUAUUGUAGUUCCAUGCCUUACAUUUAUCCUCCUCGCUGGCGCCGGUGUUAUCACGGUGAUGUUGUCGGCAGCCAACAAUGUGAACCAGGCUAAGGCAAACGCCCUUUCUCUGGCCCAAGGCGCUGCUGUUCAGUAUCGCCAGCAACUCCUGUUCGCGGCUUCCCCUGUGGAGGUGUUCGCCGCGGUUGUGCGGGCAAACCCCUCCCAAUAUGACCGCGUUACCCUUCGAUUCAAUGUCACCGCACCCGCGCUACUAAAUUCAGCCCCUCCUGGCACGAUAACAUCCUUGCGACUUCUUCCAUCCGGUCGACUUCGUCUCAGCUACCCGCCCGAUGAAAAGCUUCUAGGCUUCGAUGCCUUUGCAGGCGGCGCUACCGCAAACUCUCGGCUCUACGCGGACACCCUGUCUGUGACGGGGCCAGUCCCGCCCAUUAAGGGGGAAGAGGCUGCUGGUGCGAACCUGCUUGUCCGGCGUGCCAUUUACGUGCCAAUCAACAUGAUGAGUAACCCAGAUGACAACUUUGGACGCCCGGACAUCCCCAACCCGCUGUGCGGCGACCCGUGCGCAUACAACGAGACCCGUGGGACCGUCCUGUGGGGCUUCGUGAGUGGGCGUGGAUCUGGGUUUGGCGGAGGAGCUAGCGUGGGAUAGGAGUGGCGAAAGGGCAUGCCUGAGCCGCCGUCACCUGCCGCUCACAGGAGCAUGCCCCGGCAACUCGGGCGAGUCAGUAUUGCAACAGCUUGUCGCCCAAGUUGAAAGGAACAGGCUGGCCGCGAUCGACUCAAAGCUGUCUGUCUAGCAGUACCUGAACAAGGGGUGUCAGCUUUGUACAGCUGGAAAAUGGGCUGAGCCCCCGUACGCUUGGGAGCUAAUAGCGUGUAACGCCCCGUCAGA